GUUUUCUCCUGGUGGGGAACUGGGAGGGCUGGAGACGUGCUUUGCAUUGGCAGGCUGAUGAGGACACGUGUCUCCUCCCUGCCUUCCCCCCCGGGCUCCACGGUACCGCAUUGGCAUCAGUAAAGGCACCUGAAAACCGACGGGCAACUGCUGGAAACGUUGUGUGCCACCUUAUACCCCAAAAGAAAGCGAUAUUACAGGCCCCGUGGAAACCUGUGGCUCGCCUUCAGUCGUGCGUAAAGCUUUUGCGCACAGCGCCGAACUGCCUCAGAGACUGAAAAGGUGCGCUACUCGUCGAGCGUCAGAGCGCAGUGCCAAGAUGCAGAAACGGACCGGUGGCGUCUGAAGGUGACAUGAACCCGGGGAUAAUCAAGAGCAGCAGGCGUACACUGAACAAGAAGUGGAGAUAGCAACUGAAAAACCGUCGGUGUCUUGAAACAAAAACUUGCGCUUUUCUCUCGUGGCUUUAUCUAAUGCAGAGAAUCAAGAGCAGCAAUCCAAAGUAGCCUCAUUUUUUACUGACUGGAGGAGAAGAACAUCAAUUAAGCUGCAGACAGUUGAGAGUCGAGAGAGGAUCGAAAAAUGGCGACCUUAAUCAGAAGCAAGCUUUCUAAUAAACUGACAAAUGCAGCCACGACUGUGUCCAACAAAUCCCAGGCAAAGGUGAGCGGGAUGUUCGCUAGGAUGGGGUUCCAGGCCGCCACCGACGAAGAGGCUCUCGGCUUCGCCGCCUGUGAUGACCUGGACUACGACCACCGGCAAGGCAUGCAGAUGGACAUUUUGACAACCGAUGAGAUGGGAGGCGAGGGCAGCGGAGACGGGGACGCGCUGGAGGGGGACAGCCACUACCAGAGGGACGGCACCGGUCCACCGCACUCUGCCUCAAAGGACGGGGGUCCGACGAACGAGUUGACUGAAGUCAGACCAAAAAUCACCGCUUGGGAGGCGGGCUGGAACGUCACGAACGCAAUCCAGGGGAUGUUCGUUCUCGGCCUUCCCUACGCCAUCCUGCACGGAGGAUACCUCGGACUGUUUCUCAUUAUUUUCGCCGCCGUGGUGUGCUGUUACACGGGGAAAAUCCUCAUUUCUUGCCUGUACGAGGAGGAUGAAGACGGGCAGCUCGUCCGUGUGAGGGACUCCUAUGUGGACAUUGCCAACGCCUGCUGCGCGCCCAGAUUCCCAUCUUUGGGUGGCCAUGUCGUGAAUGUAGCCCAAAUCAUAGAGUUAGUGAUGACCUGCAUCCUCUACGUGGUGGUCAGCGGUAAUCUCAUGUACAACAGCUUCCCCAGCAUGCCAAUUUCCCAGAAGUCUUGGGCCAUCAUCGCCACCGCCGCUCUGCUCCCCUGCGCCUUCCUGAAGAACCUGAAAGCCGUCUCCAAGUUCAGCUUGCUGUGUACGAUGGCCCACUUUGUCAUCAACGUCCUGGUGAUUGCGUACUGCCUCUCCAGGGCGAGGGACUGGGCCUGGGACAAGGUCAAGUUUUACAUCGAUGUCAAGAAGUUCCCCAUCUCCAUUGGGAUUAUCGUGUUCAGCUACACCUCGCAGAUCUUCCUGCCGUCUCUGGAGGGGAACAUGCAGAAACCCAGCGAGUUCCACUGCAUGAUGAACUGGACUCACAUCGCUGCCUGUAUCCUCAAGGGCCUGUUCGCCUUGGUGGCCUACUUGACCUGGGCUGACGCGACCAAGGAGGUCAUCACAGACAACCUGCCCUCGACCAUCCGAGCUGUCGUCAACCUCUUCCUCGUGGCCAAAGCUUUGCUGUCGUAUCCGCUGCCGUUUUUCGCUGCUGUCGAGGUAUUAGAAAAGUCGUUUUUCCAGGAUGGGGGACGUGCGUACUUUCCAGAUUGCUACGGAGGCGAUGGACGCCUAAAAUCCUGGGGACUCACUCUCCGAUGUAGCCUUGUUGUGUUCACCUUGCUCAUGGCGAUCUAUGUGCCACACUUCGCCCUCCUCAUGGGCCUCACCGGCAGCCUGACGGGCGCAGGCCUCUGCUUUCUGCUUCCCAGCCUCUUCCACCUCAAGCUUUUAUGGAGAAAGCUGCUAUGGCACCAGGUUUUCUUUGACGUCGCCAUCUUUGUAAUAGGAGGUAUAUGCAGCAUAUCCGGUUUCAUCCACUCAAUGGAGGGGCUCAUAGAGGCUUUCAAAUAUAACAUAGAAGAGUAGAUGCAAGUCGUCGCUGGAACUAUAGAUGUUAACGGCAAAUCCCCCCAUUUAGUGAAAAAGUGAAAAGUAAAACACACCACUUGUCUGUGCGCGCUGCCCCCUUGCUUAAUUCAUGCGUAAAAGCGCGCACGGAGCACAUGCGGACAUUUUCGCAUUCAUACAGUACUCACAUCAAUUCACACACAUGGUCGGUGGCAGUGAGGGAAUCUGAGGCGUCCACAGCACACUGUAAGGGCAACGAAAAAAUAUGUUAAGGAAAGUACACACACAUGUUUUCCAGUGGAGUAAACGUUUACAACAUUGACCUUAAACUAAAAUUGCAAAAUGGGGGGCAGCUUUGCCUCUUCGUCGCUCUUGUGGUGCUUCCCCACACGAGACUUCACUUCAUGUAACGCUCUAGUUUGUGAUGGACCGACACGAUUUACUGACGAUUAUUUUAAAAGGGCAAAUACAAAAAAAAAAGAAAGAGAAAUUUCUUCUGUGGGUAAUUUGCAAUAUGAAUCAAUAUGUGAAUGUGGCGCUGAACCAAGAAAAAGCCUGACAAAAAAUAACACAAUGGCAAUAACCAAUAGAAAGACAUGGAUGCAUUUAGGAAUAUUUAAAAGAAUACCAACGUUUUUGUUAGAAAAAUUAGAAAAUUGGACCUAACCCGAUAGAUUUAAAAAAUACUGGUAAUGCAAACUAUCAGACAGUACACAGCAGCUAUACAAACUAUGCAUUGAAUGUAUGAUAUUUCAGACACACAAUGAAACUGGGAAGUGGGAAAAAAAAAAGAAAACCGCGCGGACGUGUCAAUGCUUAGGCCUUUUUUUCUUUUUUUUUAAAAAAAUGACAUUUAUUUUAUUGAACUUUUCAAUCGGCAAAACAGAAUUCACUCCCACAUACAGGCUAAAAUUAUAGCCGCAUGUGGACCCCUAAAAUGAAGCUAAAUUGCACUCAAUUUCAACACAUAAAAUAAUAAUAAUAACACACACAAGCGGCCUGUGUUUGAAAUUCGGUGUCUGGAAAUCUAAAGAAAAAAAGAGAGAUCAUUAAAGAGGAAAAUGUGCAUACAGACAUUUUUCAUUCUGUGCAAUCCAAUGGGUCCUGUGGAAAUGUUAUAAAACCGUAUGUGUAGUGUGUUAUUGUGGUUUCAAAAAGAUGGAAUGUAUAUCUCAAAGUCGUUAUCAUAUAUCGUGAAAUUAAUAUUAAAGAAUAAAGAACUACGUGAAAUUAUAUUGUAAAAAUGUGUGUGGUUUUAUGUAAAACGAAAAACGGUCAGAACAUGUAUUUUUUUUUUCUCUAUAAUAAAAGAUAGAAAAUGA